AUGACUUCAUCAGCGUUACUCUCAUUAUGCGCUCGACGUUCAAUACGCCUACAUUAUCUUCGUAUGGUCGCUUUUGAACAAUCCAAACGGACUCUUCAUGAUCAGUCAGAAACUCAAAGUGCUGAUUCAAAUCCAGCAUAUGAUUUUGUACGUCGUCAUGUUGGUCCAAACGCACGACAAACAAAAGAAAUGCUUCAAAUACUUGGUGUAAAAUCAGUUGAUGAACUUAUUGAUAAAACAGUUCCAUCUGCUAUCAAAUUUCGUGGUACAAUGAAAAUUCCAGAAGCACUAUCUGAACAUGGUGCUUUAAAAGAAAUUGAAGAUAUUGCUAUGCAAAAUGAAGUAUGGCGAUCCUAUAUUGGUCUUGGCUAUAAUAAUUGUAUAAUACCAACAGUUAUACAAAGAAAUCUCUUUGAAAAUCCAGGAUGGUAUACACAAUAUACACCGUAUCAAGCUGAAUUAUCACAAGGACGUUUGGAAAGCCUGUUGAAUUAUCAAACAGCUAUUAGUGAUAUUACUGGACUUCCAGUUGCCAAUGCUAGUUUAUUGGAUGAAGGCACAGCAGCUGGCGAAGCAAUAGCGAUGUGUUUUAGACAUAAUAAACGACCACGAAUGUUUAUUAGUGAUCAACUUCAUCCACAUGUUAUUGACGUUGUUCGAACACGCGCAACUGGAUUUCGUGCUGAAAUUGAAGUAUUACCGAUUGAUAAAAUGGACUUUUCGAAAAAGGAUGUUGCUGGAGUUAUUUUUCAAUAUCCUGAUACAACCGGCAAUAUCAUGGAUCCAUCGGGUUUAAUAGCUCGUGCUAAAGAACACGGAACUAUUGUUAUUUGUGGUUCGGAUCUGAUGGCUCUUUGUCUGUUGAAACCUCCGGGUGAAAUGAAUGUUGAUAUUUGCUAUGGAAAUUCUCAACGAUUCGGUGUUCCACUUGGUUUUGGUGGUCCGCAUGCUGCUUUUUUUGCUUGCGCAGAACAAUUUAAACGUGAUAUGCCUGGUCGAUUAAUUGGUGAAACAAUUGAUUCUCAUGGAGCAAAAGCUUAUCGUCUAGCUCUUCAAACACGUGAACAACACAUUCGACAAGAAAAAGCAACAAGCAAUAUUUGCACUGCACAAGCAUUACUUGCAAAUAUGGUCGCUAUGUAUUGUUUAUAUCAUGGUAGACAAGGCCUUCGAAAUAUUGCAACUAAGAUUCAUGUAUUGACAUGUGAUCUUGCUGAAAGUUUGAAAGCUGGGGGCAAUUGUUUAAAGAACGAACUAUUUUUCGAUACAUUGAAAAUUCACCCGAAAAUGAGUAUUGCAGAAAUAACACAACGUGCAACAGAAAAACGCAUUAACUUGCGCUACUAUAAUAAUGGAAACGUUGGUAUUUCAUUAGAUGAAACAAUGAAUGAAAGCGAUGUUGCUGAUCUGAAAUGGAUUUUCAAGGUUGAGAAUAAAUCAUCGAAUGAAGCUAAAACAAAUCCUCGUGAUUUCGGUAAACUGACUCGUCAAAGUCGCUUUCUUAAUGCCGACAUAUUUAAUAAUCAUCAAUCAGAGACAAAACUCAUGCGUUAUAUGAAGUAUUUAGAAAAUAAAGAUCUGUCGCUUGUACAUUCCAUGAUACCGCUUGGUUCAUGUACUAUGAAGCUCAACGCGGCUGCUGAAUUAACACCUUGUUCGUGGGCUCAUUUUAACAAAAUUCAUCCAUUUGCUCCAGCCACCCAGUGGAAAGGUUAUGCUAAAUUAAUCAACGAUCUUGAUCACUUCUUAUGUGAAAUAACUGGUUAUGACAAAAUAUCAUUUCAGCCAAAUAGUGGUGCUCAAGGUGAAUACGCUGGUUUACGAGUUAUACGUGCCUAUCAUGAACAUCGAGGUGAACCACAAAGACGAGUCUGUCUUAUUCCAAUAUCUGCUCACGGAACAAAUUUUGCAUCAGCUACAAUGGCUGGAAUGAAAAUCGAAAAAAUUCAACUAGAUAAAUCCGGCGCUGUUGAUAUGAAACAUUUAAAGCAAUUAGCAGAAAAACAUAAAGAUACACUUGCUUGUGGUAUUCUUACAUAUCCAAGUACAAGUGGAGUUUUCGAAGAAACAGUCAAAGAAUUAUGUGAGGUUAUUCAUCAUAAUGGUGGACAAAUCUAUCUUGAUGGAGCAAAUAUGAAUGCACAAGUUGGUUUAUGUCGUCCUGGCGAUUAUGGUUCUGAUGUAUCACAUUUAAAUUUACAUAAAACAUUCUGUAUUCCACACGGCGGUGGUGGUCCAGGCAUGGGUCCUAUCGGAGUUAAGAAACAUCUCGCACAAUUUAUUCCAAAUCAUACAUUAUUGGACGUCGAUUCAGAAUUCAAUCCGAAAAAUUCGUAUGGUCCUGUAUCAUCAGCACCAUUCGGUUCAGCAUCUAUUUUGCCCAUAUCUUGGAUGUAUAUUCGAAUGAUGGGCGCUGCUGGUCUUCGUCGAGCAACAGAAAAUGCUAUACUGAAUGCUAAUUACAUAGCUAAACGUCUUGAAUCUUCAUAUAAAGUUUUGUUUCGCGGAAGAAAUGGUUUUGCUGCUCAUGAAUUCAUAAUUGAUGUUGGCCGAUUUAAAGAACUUGCUAAUGUUGAAGCAGUUGAUAUUGCUAAACGUUUACAAGAUUAUGGAUUUCAUGCACCCACUGUAUCAUGGCCUGUUUCAGGUUCAUUGAUGAUUGAACCAACUGAAUCUGAGGACAAAGACGAAUUAGAUCGUUUUUGUGAUGCAUUAAUUGAAAUUCGAAAAGAAAUUUCACAAAUUGAGAACGGUGUAUAUGAUAAAAAAAAUAAUCCAUUGAAAAAUGCGCCACAUUCUCAACAUAUUCUUCUCCAUGAAAAAUGGCCUUUACCGUAUUCAUUGCAAAAAGCUGUUUUUCCAAUCAGUUUUGUUUCACCAAAUACGAAAUUUUGGCCUUCCUGUGGACGAGUAAAUGAUAUUUAUGGUGAUAAGAAUUUGAAGUGUCGUCUUGAUUAA